AUGGGGAAUAGGGCAUGGGCAUUGGGCGGUCAUCUGCCGAGCCAUGAGCGAAAGAGGUUGGGUGCCUGGCUGCUGGCCACGAUGUCAGGCAAAGAUGGGCUGCCUUAUGGACUUGCGGCCCUGGGAACACUCGCCCAAGAUCCCGAGAACUUGUGGAAGCUGCGCAUCCUCAGCAACGUUGCCGCCACCUCAGGUGUGCCGGAUCUUAUCUGCGAGACGAAGGUGAAGCUUGUGUCCGAGCUGAUGGUGGACACCGAGGAGCCGCAAGGAUCCAGCAUCUUCGUGCCGACAGAGGAGACGGAGUCCAUCUGCCAGUUCAUCCGGCAUCAGGCUUACACAGAUGUUGACCUUGGCGUCCGGGUGCUCGGUGCGCCGCAGUCGGGAAAGUCCGCUUUGGCACAGCUGCUGUUGCGUUCCACCACCUCCGGGUUGGGCCAACAGCCAGAGCUCUUCCGCUGCCCGCACGGCGCCACAACCGCCAUCCUCAGUCGCUUCUUAAAGCUGAGAAUGCCCAGGCUGUCUGGUGGCAUGCGGCUGAUCGUCGAUGAUGUGCACAUGGCGUCGGGAUGUUUGCAAGAACGCUUUCGGCAGGUCAUGGAGACCGGCAGCCUCGCGACGGGUGCGCUGCAGCGGCCAGGUGCCUCCCUGCACGGAUCGCGUGUGUGCAUUGAUGUCCUCGGAAAUGCCACUCAGACGACUCAAGGCAAGCGAUGGCUACGCCAUUUCUUGGUCUUGCAGCUACCAGCGCCACAGGACAAGGUGCUGAACCAUCUUUGUGAUCGGCUGGUGCUGCACUGGUCCACCAGCAUCCCAUCAGAGGAAGCUCGCAUGCUGCUUAUUUCGCACGGUUUGGCCACAAAGAUCGUCACUCUCGUUCGGGAGGCCGCCGGGACCUUUCAGCAGACGCCGCAGCGGCUCUUCCACGUCCUGCCCCUCGUGGAUGUGGCCAAAUGGUUCAAGCGGCUACUUCAGACGACGGACCUGGUAACCUCGACUGCGAUGCUGAAGCAAGUGGUGUGGUAUGAAGGCACGCAACAGCUGGGCUCUCGCCUGGAAAGCCCCGAGGAUCGCCGCCGACUUGCCGACAUGUUCGAGGAGGCCGGUCUCUAUCGGUCGGCGGAUGAGACAAACGGACCCUGCACGGUUGCAUUAAACAAGGGCACGGCCGAGUUCUGGAACGAGGCUGAGGCCAAAGAGAACUUGAGAAGGAGUGCACAGAUGCUUGAGCUCGCCAUGCCCUUUGCGGUGUACGAGGAUAUGAUCGGAGCUGUGUUGGGUACCGCCAGGGCGCUGCAGCUCGGGUCGCCGUCGCAAGCAGCGGGUGCUCUCCUCUUGGGCUGCCCGGGAUCUGGCAGGAAGACCUGUGCAAAGCUGGCUGUAGACUUGGCCAAAACGAAGCUGAAAGAGCCGACCACGGAGGAUUCUGCAGGCUUGCGCGAAGAGCUCGCCACCUUGCAUGGUACCAUCCGAAGUCGUUUGGGCUCUCACACUUUUGGGCCACUCACGGAGGACCACCUCCUACACGGAGACUGCGAGACUAUCCUAGAGGAUAUUGACAACAUCCUUCGUCAAGCAACGCGAUUUGAGGCAAAGAAAACAUCUCGCAAAGCCGCCCGGCGCGGUAGCCGCGGUAAUAUUGGCAUCGUCCGAUCCAACUCCACCGUGGAAGGUGGCAAGGUUGUCGAGGAAGGUCUGAGCGACGACUUCCCUGAUGGUGCCAGUCUCGCAGGCCUUUUUGCUGAUCCUCUCGCCAAGCUUGGCUGCGAAUUGGUUCCGACGACAGCUGCGUAA